UGAAAAUUCGAAUUCAGUGAGUGAAAGUUUUAACUGCAUUGUGAAAGUUGGUUGAAAAAAGAGUUCGAAAUUCUACCGAUUAGUGCAUGUGAAAAGUUGGAACUUUCUGCGACGGCCAUUUUUCUUUAUCCCAGACAGCGAAUGAGCAUAAAAUUGAAAGCGUGGCCGGACAUUGAAAAAACGGGAUUUAGCUAGAAAUAAGAUUUUUCAGGAUUAUAGUUUCAGUUGGUGAUAGUCGUUUUCAAAGUCUAUAUUUGUGUCCCCGUAGAUUUGCCGUUUACCGUGCGAGUAAAACGAGUCGGUGAUUUGACCGGAAGUACGCGUGUAUAGGAAACCAAGAAUAUCCAAAAUGCCAGGUUCCGGAACCUUUAAAUUAUUCAUUGGGAAUGUCGACGAAAAAACGGUGCCGACCGAUUUGCGGCCAUUGUUCGAAAAGUACGGAACCGUAGUCGAGUGCGAUGUAGUCAAGAAUUAUGGUUUCGUGCAUAUGGAGAACGAAGAACAGGGACGAGAUGCAAUUCAGAACCUGGACGGGUACGUGGUCAACGGUAAAGCGAUCAAGGUCGAAGCUGCCCGUAAUCGUCGCGCGCCGAAUACGAACACCACCAAGAUCUUCGUGGGUAAUCUGACUGACGUUACACGCGCUCCGCAAGUCCGCGAACUGUUUCAGAAAUACGGUACCGUCGUCGAGUGCGAUAUCGUCCGAAACUACGGGUUUGUCCAUCUGGAUCCGACCGGAGACGUGAACGAAGCGAUCCGUGAACUGAACGGGAUGAUCGUUGACGGUCAGCCGAUGAAGGUGCAAGUGUCGACCAGCCGGGUCCGUCCGAAGCCUGGCAUGGGCGAUCCAGAGCAGUGCUACCGUUGUGGUCGCUCCGGCCACUGGUCCAAGGAAUGUCCGCGUCUGAUCUGGUCCGAAUCCAGGUUCCGCGAUCGGCCAAUGUACGCCAGAGAUCCGUAUCCACCGCCGCCGCCGCCACCGUUCCUUCGCGAUCGCAUUAUGGAUGGAUUUAGGGAUACAUUCGACUACUAUGACCGCUACGAAGAUCCACGCGAUUUGUUCGAGCGCCGUUACGGCAUUCGAGGUCGCGACUUUCCCCCCUUGAGGGCCCGUGAGCCGAUGCCGCCAAUUCCACCGUUGAUGCGUCGUAGCGGAGUAGAGAGCAGCCGCAGCAGCAGUGUUUAUGAUCCCAUUUUCAGUCGCCGCUCGCCACCACCAUCCAGUCGCAACGGAAGCAGUAUAAGCCGGUUCGGUGUAUACGAAGACUUUAGCCGCGAUUCGUUCGACGAUCGCCGACAGGGAUUGCGGGGACCAUCGCCAACCCAUCGGUACGCUCCGUACUGAGACGAGCACCUGCAUCCCGGCAGUGACGGCGGCAAUGGGCGUCGUUUCAGGGCCACCGGAUACUAUUAUGAAAUUCAAUGAGACAAGCUAGGAAGAGCAGAGUUAAACAAUGCUAGUGGGAUGGGAUUAUUCACGGUAUGGCAAAACGAUGCAAUGCUACAUUAUCAUAUGUGUAGCUUCUAUAACUCCGAAUUGUAAGCACUAGGUUUCUGUUGAAAUGUUUUUAGAAACCGUACCAUCAUCCAUUGUGUGUCAUUUACAGGCUUUCAUGAUCCUUAUUUUAAUUGUAAUCCGAUCGGUAAUAUUUGUUCAUUAUGUUGAUUCCAGCAGCAGUUAUUCUGAAACAGGUUUUUAAGACUAAUUUUAACCUAGUUUGUAUAAAUUUGACUCCACCUAACCAGUUACAAAGAAUAUUUUCAAAAACAUCAAUAAAACGACAGGUUUAAGGACGAAAAUGGGAAACGAGCAAAUGACACUCAAUAAAAAUCAAUGAAAUCUAUAUAUAUUUAUCAACUGAUAAAAAUUGAAAUGAAUAA